AUCUUUUGCCAAAUGAUUGAAAUAUGCGAACAUGAGUAGUCAAAAUUUUCAGAACCCUUUUCAAAUUAGCCCAAUUUUUUUCACGAAACAUAAUAAAAUCAAUAAAAUCGAACAAGUGUAUAAUAAAGAGAAUAUUACGAAAGGUUUCAUAAAUAAUAAAGAAUAUGAACUGAAUAAAAGAAAACUUGAAAAAGUCAAUGCGCCGAUUAGUCCUACAAUAAGAACGCCACCUUUAUGGACGUUGAAUAACUUUGAUCUUGGAUCUGGUCUCGGUAAAGGACAAUUUGGUCGUGUUUACCUUGCAAGAGAAAAAACGAGCGGGUUUAUUGUUGCUCUCAAAGUAUUAAAUAUAUCUGAACUGAUUAAGAAUAAUGCGGAAAAGCAAUUGUUGCGCGAGGUUGAGAUUCAAAAUAAUCUAAGGCAUCCAAAUAUUCUCCGACUUUACGGUCACUUUUAUGACAAAAAAUAUGUCUUCUUGAUUCUUGAAUACGCAGCUAAAGGAGAACUUUUCCGACAUCUCAGAAAAUGCACCAGAUUUACAGAAAAAAGAGCUUCGAAAUAUAUUGCGCAAAUGGCUGGCGCUUUGGGGUAUAUUCACAAGAAACAUGUGAUUCACCGAGAUAUCAAACCCGAGAACUUAUUAUUAGAUUUGGAUGAUCAACUUAAAAUUGCAGAUUUUGGGUGGUCAGUACACGCUCCAAGUCAAAGACGUAAAACAUUGUGUGGCACUAAAGAUUAUCUUCCUCCAGAAAUGGUGGAAAAUCAACCUCACGAUGAAAAAAUCGAUCUUUGGUCAUUAGGUGUUUUAUGCUAUGAACUUUUGACUGGAAAUGCCCCGUUUGAAGAAUCAGCUAAUGGAAGAGACACAACCUACAAACGGAUAGCUAAGGCUGAUUUUACAAUUCCAGAUCAUGUAUCAGUUGACGCCAGAGAUUUGAUCAGUUCGUUAUUACAACGAGAUCCAAAUAAACGUUUACCAAUAAAAAAUGUGUUAAAUCACCCUUGGAUUCUUAAACAUCAAAAGAAUUCCAAUGUUCUUCGAGUGACUAACAGAUAUUAUUGUUUGUAAACAUGUUUUAAAAAUAGAAAUUUUUGAAUUACUAAUAAGAGUUGAUGUCAUACGGGUCAAUAAUACAUUUUUCAAUUCUUUAUAUAUAUUACUAUUUGGAAUGCACCAACAAAAUAAUGUUGAAACUUCAGAUAAUAAAUAAAUAAUAAAUAAACAAGAUCUUUUUUACAAAUCUGCAAA